AACAAACACAAACAUUUGUUUAUCUCCGAGUUAGCGUUGGUCUGCUGUGCUAUCGCGACAGUUGUAGGAAAAGGAAACACUGGUUGUAUUGAAGUUACCUGCGAUAUAGUUCAGCCUCAGUUUAUUUAGCUAUAUUAACAAAACACUCGCAGAAAAAGAGAUGAAUGUGACAGUGGUUACCUGCUAGCUGACUACCUAGCAUCAACUUUGGCUAUUAACGUUAACUGGUUUUGCUGGUUUUUUAAAGUCUCAACUCUUCUCUGCACAGACUGGUCUCCUCUAAUGAGAAGCAGGUAACAGCAAAGGUUGGCCCCAAGGGAUACCGUCGUUGUACGUUACCCCGAUAAUAGAGAUGUGCAGUCAGGGCGAUCACGCUGCUCCAGUCAGGGUGCUGGUGACAGGAGGGUCCGGCUUGGUGGGCAGGGCCAUACAGCAUGUGGUCAAAGUGGAGGGGGCAGCCAAGGAGGGGGAGCAAUGGAUAUUCCUCUCCUCCAAAGAUGCCAACCUCAUGAACAUGGAGGAGACGCGGGCGGUGUUUGAAAAACAUCGGCCAACCCACGUCAUUCACCUGGCUGCUAUGGUUGGGGGGCUUUUCAAGAACAUGAAGCACAACCUGGACUUUUGGAGAAACAAUAUCUACAUCAAUGACAACGUGCUGCAGGCAGCACAUGCAGUUGGCGCAGUAAAGGUUGUUUCCUGCUUAUCCACCUGCAUCUUCCCUGAUAAGACCACCUAUCCUAUCGAUGAGACAAUGAUCCAUAACGGUCCACCUCAUGAGUCGAACUUCGGCUAUGCCUACGCAAAGAGGAUGAUUGAUGUUCAUAACAGGGCGUAUUUCCAGCAGCAUGGGAAGUGCUAUACAGCUGUGAUUCCCACUAAUGUGUUUGGUCCCCAUGAUAACUUCAGCAUUGAGGACGGUCAUGUGCUGCCAGGCCUCAUACACAAAGCUUACAUUGCUCAGAAGGAGGAGAAGCCCCUGGUGGUCUGGGGCUCCGGCACUCCCAGAAGACAGUUCAUUUACUCUUUGGACCUGGCUCGUCUCUUCCUGUGGGUCUUGAGAGAGUAUCCAGAGGUCGACCCAAUCAUUCUCUCUGUUGGAGAGGAAGACGAAGUGUCCAUCAAAGAAGCAGCAGAAGCUGUUGUGCAAGCACUGGACUUUAAAGGAGAAGUGGUGUUUGAUACCAGUAAAUCAGACGGUCAGUUCAAAAAGACCGCCAGCAAUGCAAAGCUGCGCCACUACCUGCCAGACUUCACCUUCACACCCUUCAAACAAGCUUUAAAAGAAACCUGUGAUUGGUUUGUUGCCAACUAUGACUCAGCCCGGAAGUGAAACCUCUGCCAAACAACCUGUCACAAAGUCUGUCGAUCCAGAUGGAGGAGGCAGUAGUGGAGAGGGCUGGAAGAAAACGAGGUGGUUCAUCUGCACAGGCAGACAGUGGUUACUGCAUGAAGUCUGUCAGUUGGAUUCUGUCACUGUGCACUGUGAGCACUUUGAAUUCAUCUGCAAUACCAUGUGUAUUCCCCCUGCUCCUCUUUAACUGUAGUAAACAAUCUAUUGGAACUGUAGGCACUGUAUUCUACUACCUAUAUGUAGAAUUUAUUUCACUAUGGUAGUGUUACUCAUUUGAAUUAAUUGACUGCUUCAAGUCCAGUAUACAUCUUUUCUAGCGUUCAACAUUUAAUCACUCAAUUACCAAUUUGGGCCUUUAAACAUCCAAAUCCCUAAGUGUGUACAAUUUAGUGGCCUCCCAACGGUUUAGCUGCAGAUUGCAACUCCCUCGCUUGGUGGACUCCAUCGAAGGCAGUGUUUGUAGAUAUAAAAGGCUCAUUCUAAGAUAGCAAAAACUUAAGGAUUACCAUAUUCAGGUGAUUGUACACUAAUGAAAACAUAGUUAUGCAUAUUAUAUUCCAUUUCUGCAAAUAGAUCCUCCUAAAUGUUACAUACAGGACCUUUGAAUGACCCGUCCUUGAUUCACGUUAUUUAACGAACAGAACGGUUAUGGUACACGCUGUUUAGCUGGUGGCUUGUAUGUUUUUUUUACUUGGUGUAUUGGCACUGAGCAAAAUAAAUGUUUUAUACCUGCAAUAA